CAGCCCCUGAAGUGAUGGCGUAGAAACCCCGUUGACAAGACAAACCAUAUUGGCGUUGUUUACAUAGAAGCAGAGAACAAAACGUCUUGAGCCCCGACUUGAAGAUGCUUUAUGGUCAUUCAGUGAACUUUAUGAGCAGGGUGCGGAUAGAGCCCAGACAAAGGAUGUCUUGUUGAAGACCGUGCUGGCAGGACCGUGCGGUGGGGAAGCUUUCCCAGGGCUGCUGUACAUCGGAUGGGGCAGCAACUGAAUGAUCUGUCAUGGAUGAUGAAGAAGGAACGUGUCUGCUGGAUGUUAUUUGCAGUGACCCUCAAGCUCUGAAUGACUUUCUCCAUGGAAGUAACCAGGUGGCAAUGGCUGGAGAAGGAAUCAACAGCGACGUGCCCUCAUCUGCCAGCAGCAUUGACAUCUCCUCCUUGAGCGAGGAUCUGCUGGGAUAUCCGGCCAUUUACAGUGCUGAUAAGCCCUGCGAUAUUCUGCAGCAGAGCCUGCAAGAGGCUAACAUCAGUCCACAGACUCUGCAGGGAGGAGACAACCUGGCAGCCGGGUGGUUCCAGGUACAGGCAAGGUCCCAGCCACAUCCUGCCAACCUGCCCGUCCAGGACAGCCCCCAGGUGCUAGGCACGUACCUCAACAGCUUAACCCCUACUGUGAUUGCCCAGCAUCCAGUGACUGCUCAGUUUGUCAAUAAAACCAUCAGCACGCAACAUUCAGUCCAUCAAGUCAGACUGAGCAGUGUCACCGUAAAACCAAUUGCAGACAAUGAGACCAUGCCAAAUGACACCGUCAGAGUUGGGAGCAUACAUACAGUCGACCAGCAGUGUGGUCAGACCACUGUGCUGCCUGUCAGUCAGCCUUCUCAGACAGGACUGUUUGCCAAGCCUGGCCCCACCUCCCUGAUGCCUGCUUCUCCAUCCGAGCAUCCGACUUCCCCGACAUUGGGCGUCUCUACUCCAUUUCGAAAGAGUAUUGCCAGCAGUGGUCUGAAUGGAGACUCCCUCUUUGCCCACACAAGCUCAGCGCAGGCUGCUGUCGAACACACUGCGAUGAACCAGCUGGUGCAAGUGCCAGUGUUGGCACACAUCAAUCAAAGGAGCCCCACGCCAAUUCAGUCAAAGCACCUUGUGAAUAUACAACCUAAACUGGUCCAGACUGCCUCAAAGACUCCAACAGAAGAUGCACAGCAGCAGCAGAAAGCCAGGCAGAACCUGACAGCGGCUGCCCAAUCUUCAGGUCCUGAUGUCCUGCUCUCCACUCGGGGCCCUGCAGUCACCCAGACAAUGGCCGCCAAUCGGGUCAAGCAACCAUCCCAGCAAGUUCAACCCAAGUUGAGCAAGCCAGUCAGUGUUCGAAUACUCCAGCAGGACACUGGUAUAGUAAACCAGUCCCAGUCAUUACCUCCGGUACUGCUGCCUUGUCAAGGCCAAUUCACCUUGCCUGGGCUUUUGGCCACCAGAGACACAGCAAGCACAGCUUACUCCAGCAUGCCCCAGCAGCUUCCAGCAGUUCAAUCUGGACCUGUUUUGACCACACGGAGUGGAUCUAUGCCAGCCAUCCACAGGCAGCCAGCUGUUGGACGCAUGCAGGCAUCUCCCGGGCAAUUAAUCCAUGGGCAAUCAAUGCCUGCACAUGUCCUGAUGGCCCAGAAUGUGGCAGGACAUUCGAUUACCAGCCACGGUGACCUUGGCCCGGUCUACACAGUGUCAAACUCACGGUUGACGGACAGUGUAGGAGUGGUGCAGAAACUCUCUGGGACCCUGCAACCACAGCCCAUUCAACCAACUCUGUCGACACUCUUCCAGGUGCCUAGUCAGCUAGAUGCUGGCUUCGGAUCACAAUUACAUUUGUCUGGUCAAAUACCAGGAAGGCAGCCGGAUCUACAUGUACCUCUGCCAAAUCAGCUACCAGUGCUCAAUGAGACUGGGCCUCUCGGACCUGUGAUGAGCAUUCAGCAGCUAAGCACCAGCAGCCCUGAUAGCAAAGUUGUGAAGACUCCAUCUGCCCCUCAGACUCUGCUGACAUCAGCUCUUGGGCUUCAGCAGAUUCCUGCUCCCACCCAGUACCACCGGCUAAUGCAGCAAUCUCAGUCUCAAUCGGCUGACCAUCACCACUCUAAACUGCUGUUGGCUCCAACAUCAAAACCCAACAACAUCUCAGCCAAAAGCACCGACAAGCCCAAUAACAAAGGGGCCACAGGAACAGCACUCAAUGCUGACCAGCUUUUGCUUUUCCAACAGAAAGAGCAAAAGCAGCAGCUCCUCCACCAGCAGGCCUUGAAACUUCAACAGAAGAAAGGCCGCUCACUGUCCUCUGGCAACGGCUUGGUUGUACCACUCUCUGCCAGCAGCAUCCCACCAUCUGGCAUCAGCAUUGGGAUUGGACCUGGAGUACAAACAAACACCGUCUUCAUGCCAGCCAACCCUCUUCUGAUGGAGCCCAAAAACCAAACAGUCUUACCUCAGAGUCAAUCCAGCCACUUCCUGCCUGGCUUGGCAGGCCAGGCAACAUCCAGUAUGAUCAGCAACCUCACAGGCCUGAAUGUCACCUUAAGUAAGGGGUCAAUCCAAAUCCAAAUGAUUGGGAAAGGGAUUGCUCACAUCACGUCAACAACAAAUUGGCAUCUCCAGUCAGCAUUGUUUGAAGAAUCAGUUGGAAAGUUGAAGAAAACAGCAACAGCUACUCCGAGACGAGGAGAUCUAUUACUUGAAAAGUUCUGCAAGGACCAGACUUCUGUCCUUCAACCUGAUUGCAACACUCCUUUUAAUUCCUUUGACGACACAGCGCUCAGACUGCUGCCCUAUCAUGUAUGUAAAGGGACACUACCUACUAAUGUGGACUUUAAGAAAGUGGAUGAAGAGUUUGAGGUCAUAUCAACGCAACUCCUGAACCGAACGCAGGUCAUGCUGAACAAAUACCGUCUGUUGCUGUUUGAAGAAUCCAAGAGGACGAACUCCUCAGCUGAGAUGGUGAUGAUCAAUCGAAUGUUUAUUCAGGAAGAGAAGGUGGCAUUCAUGGAAGUUGAACAAUUGACCAAAAACAGUCCUGAUGCAUACAUCACGUCGGUUUUCAAACCAAGGAUUGCCACUACUCUGCCCAUCGCUUCUGGGCCAAACCUUGCCCUUGACCAGGAGGUUCAGCGUUCACCACAGACACCCCUGAAGAUGUAUGUUGCCAGCAGCCGAGGUGGUCUUAAGCUGAGGAUAAGGCAGGAGGUGGUCCACAACCCAGAGUUGGAGCAGCUAUGGCGUUGCAGCACGCAGGCGAGCCCAGCCCCUACAGGCCCCUUUGCUGUCACAGCUAAUCCCCCGAGACAAACCAAUGGUGAGGCAGGCCACAAACUCCCUGCACUGGCUGAGAUACAGCAACUUGGGCCCAGAGAGACACGGGAAUCUAGGGGCUGUCUUACAGACCUUGGGAAAUCCCAGAGGAAUCUUCCCACCAACAGUGCUCCCGGUUUGGGGCCUGAACAAAGUAAAAUGUCGCCGCUGCUACUGCCACCGGUCAGCACCCACUUCCACAGAACACUAAAGCACAACGUGAACCAACAAGUCACCACCAUCAAGCCAGACCCAGGAGACCAUCCAGCUCAGACCUUGUCUUCACAUAACCCCCGUGUCCAGAAUAUGCUUCCACAUCUCCAAGUGGUCAGGCAGGAGUCAGGGAGGACAGGUGCUGACACCAGUGACCAGCUGAAAGCUGGCUGUGUGGGUGACCUCCACCUCCCACAGCCCAAACGUCGUAAGUGUGACUCAGUGGACAAUGCCAGUGUUUUGGGCCACAGCCCCCAGGACAGAGCACUGAGCGCUCACCUGCAGAGUGCCAUCAACAUCCUCCUGGACCUGCAGAGGCUCCAGAGCUCAGAGCCUAGGACUGUAACUCUACAGAAAGGUGAUCACAUACUUCCCCACUUCGCACCUCCGGCUUCCUCAGUGGAUCUCCUCCAGUCAGACCCUAAUAGUGGGCUCGCUGAAGUGACAACCUCCACUUUGGAAGAAGCGGUAAACAGUAUCCUAGGGACUGAGGAAAGACUGUAAGAUGGAAGUAUAGGCUGGAACUGGAGCACCAUUUGAAAUUGAGAUUGGUACACAAUAUUGUGUGCCUUAAAUACAGAAAGUGACAGUACCAAGUGUUACAACAGUUACUUGGACAGUGCCUAAACGGAUUAUUGUACAAAACCAGUUACAUAGCAAGAGGUCAUAACAUCUUGUAAUUUUUAGAAGGUGGCUGAUAUUCUUGAAACGGUUGUACAGUUGAGUUAUUUAUUAACAGCGAAGACUUGCAGACUUAUCAGAUGGUUACACUCCUCAAUGAUUGUCCGUUAAAUGUCAUGCAAAGAGAGGAGUAGAUUAGGUGUCAAAACCUUUUCUUUAUUAAGGUACUGGCAAUAUUGACCUCUGGUCAUUGUAGCCCAAGCUCGUUCCUUGGACUCCAAUCAUAUAGGUAGGCACUAUUGUGCACUCCUUGUUUUGUACUGUUGUACUGAGUAUUUUCUUCCACUGUUGAAGGAUAGUAAUCAGCCUUGGUUUUUGCAGGGCUUUCAAACAAACCAAAAUUUUUCACAAACUGGUGGGACCUGUUUCUUGCUGAACAUUGCACUGGGUGUAUGCACAGAACUGAUGAAGUUGUGCUUGAAUCAUUUUGAAAUGUUUUCACAGAGCUUGUGUGAACAGAGGAAGUCUGUUCCGCAAGGACUAAAUGUAUCAGGAGUUGGCCAUUGAUAAAGGCUAAAAAUCCUCUCCAUGUGAUUUAUUGCAAAAACCCAACUUAAUUUUAAGAUAUAUAUUUCUUUUCACGAGUUUGUUCUACUGAUUGUAUUUAAUUUCAGAGAUAUUUUAUUAUUUUCCAAAAUUGUCUUGCACUUAUUCAGGAUCAGGUGUUUUCAGUUUAGCAACGAGGUACUAUCACUUUGCAAUAAAACAGUGUACAGUUUUAUGAAACUCACUCCAGACUUUAAGGUUCUCGAUCUUUUAUUCAAAUUGCCAGAGACCUCUCUCUUCACUUUCACCUCAAAAGAGUAUCUAACACACAGUAUUUGUCAACUUAAUAAGGCUAUCAUAAAUUGGCACUUUUUCAAGCACAAUUUGGGAAGGAAGGCACUUUGACUUUACUCGAAAAGGAGUCAAAAUCCCAAUGUUAGUCAAUUUUUAUGAAUACCAUUAAAUAUUUUAAGCUGAGAAAGCACCCAUCUGUAAAAAUAACACUCUGACAGGGUAGACUGGUUUCUUCAUGUAAGUGUGUUCCAAAGUAAAAAUGGACUAUUAAACAUUAUAAUUUUGAUCAAAUAAUCACUGCAAGUUUAAACCAAAUCGCUUAGUGCCUAAAGUUAUUUGUAUUAUUAAUUUUUUUGUUGACAGUUUAAUGUAACUAGCAUAAGAUGCAAAACGUGUGUAUAUUUUGUUAAAAAAGGUAUGUAGAUUUUGUUACAAAGGGUUCUAUUAACACUUCCAGGACCCUACAUUCUUCACUCUAAUAGAUCAAAGAGAAAAGUAGCUGUGAUUUAAGAAAUGUCAAUUCAUUCUGUGCUGUUGAUCACUGUCUCUCACACCAGCCAUAUGUUGAUUGACUCUCACCUGGGAUAAGUGUAUUGCUAAUGGCCCCACAAUGGGGAGGUGGGUGUUCAUCUUCUGAUUGUUAAUAUUGGCAGUGUGUCUCUGCCCCACCUAACCACCACCCACCCCUGCCAUUGAGUGACCAAACUGCCUACCAGCUUAAAUGAUUGGCAGCUCUUAAAAAGGAGCAAUUGAUGUCUUUGGUUAUAUUUGUCCGAGGGAUCGUGGCUGUACAGAUCCUUUCAGCCAACAGCCCCACGGAUGAGAGAAGCCCUGACGAAGGGAAAUGUGUCAGAAGCUCUCAGGAAAGGUAGGAGUUGCCCACUGACAUAAUCUGCACCUCUGCCUCUCAGGGGACUACUGUCUGUGAUCAAAUCACUCCCCCACCCCCCAGUCAAAUCUCUGCAGUCACCCCACCCCCUGUCCCUCUCCCACUAUCCUGAGGAAUGUUGAUGAUUAUGUCACAAUUGUUGAUGGACAAGCACUUGUUUUGGACUGAGAUUUAAAGUGAAUAUGAGAAAAGCAUUGCCACUCAGUGACUAGUAGAGUAUGGAAUGCAUUGCCUGGAAAUGUGGUGGAGGCAGAUUCAGUUGAGGUUUUCAUGAGGACAGUGUUGCUCGGGAUACAUGGAACAGGCAGGAGAUUAGCACUAGGUAAUAGAACCAGCACAGCAUAAUGGGCUAAAUGGACCUUUUCUGCACCAUAACAGUACUAAAGUUGAGAAUGAACCUCUUUACUUUUGGCUGUUAGUGAGGCAGUUUAAUUUAUUUGUGUGAUGCUUAUUUCCCAUGUUCUCCUAGCAAUUUCUCUGUUGCUUUGUGCUGAACUGAUCAGUACAGAUUUCUCAUAUUUGACUCAACUAAUAGACUGAAAUGAAAGCAACCUCAUCUUAAAUAGUACUGUUUAAAAAUCUGACAAAGUCAAUUUCUUUUGUUGAAGACAUUUGAGUGUCCUGUAUUUCAGCUGCCUAUUUCCCUGAUCGUUAAAGUAGUACAUUGUGAGCUGAGGAAGAGAUUUCCAAUGUAAGUCUGACUGUGAUAAUUUUGUAAACGUGUUGUUAAAGAAGCAGUUGGUUAUAUUUCAAAUAUCCGACACACGUACAGUCUUCUCCAUGGCAAAAUAAAGACCAAAGUCCUCUCAAAACCUCAGGGUAUUUUGAAGUCCUUUUCACAGUUGAUGAAGUAUGUUUUGAUGUGUGGUUACUGUUGCAGUCUAGGAGGUGCAGCAACCAAUUUGCCCCCAGUAAGCUCCCAACAAAUCACCGAAUGAACUGAUUAACCUGCUUUGGUGAUCUUAAUGGAAGGAAGAUGCAGGCCAGGAAAUCACUCCUGCUUUCUGAAUCAUGCUGUGAGAUUUUCUAUACUGACCUAAGAGGGAAGACAGGGCCUGGGGCUAAUGUCCCACCUGAGAGAUGGCACCUCCAACAGUGCAACAGCACCCCCUCAGUCUAUAAUGUACAGUCGGGACUCAAGAUUAAGGCUUGAUCCAUAAACCUCUGCCUCAAGGACAAGAAUACAACUGGUAAUCUAUGGCUGCCAUUUCUCACAGAAGUGGAUGAUCAAACAACACAAGCUCCCACCUUAGCUCUUUGGUGAACCUUAUCUAUAGUGUGUUCUACAUAGAGGGGAGGACAGCAAGCACAAAGUUAAUAUUUUAAAGCCCUCCAUUUCAUAUUGCUUUUUAAAAAAUCAGAAUUGGUUUACAAAAAUACUCAUGUCUGUUCAGGACAAAAUAAGAUCCUGGCGGGUCACUUAUGGAGGCACAUUCUGAUUAUACUUUUGUGUUCUUGUGACAGUUGUUAGUUUCCUCGAGUGUGACUGUGACAGCGUUGCAAUAGAGCCUUGGCACAGGGUCAGAGCACAGGCUCAGUUAAAGCACUCUAGGGUUGGUGUUAGUGGUGGGAUAAGACCUUGCUCCCACUUGAUGUAGCAGAUGGUCACGUCUGAAUUCAGGAACAAGGCAAAGCCCUGCAGCUUUUGAGGCAGCAAUAGACUGUGAGGAAGGUCUGAUGACCCAGCUCCCGUUUCACUCUGAGCCCUGUAUGUUUAGCUUGAUGUUUCCAUUGACCUGUUUAACGUUCUCAUUCCCGUCAUCAAACUGUUGAAUUCAACCAAACAUUUUUCAUAAAAUCAUACAGCACAGAGAGAAGCCAUUCAUCUUACAAUGACCCGUGCAGGCCCUUUUAUCAGUCCAGUUAGUACGACCUCCCUGCACUUGGCUGUAAUCAGUAUUUCUUGUUUUCAUUUUCAACGAGAUUAUCCAGCUCCUUAUUGCAUCAUCCUUCCAGAGAGUACAAGCAAGAUCACACCUUUCAGUGUAAACGCUAAAACGUUUCCUCAGGAAAGGGCUCUGAAGGAGGCCAUUUGGCCUAUCAGGUUCAUGAUGACUCUCUGUAGAGCAAUUCAGUCCCAUUUCCCUGCCAAUUAACUCCUCAGGCUGUUUUUCCGUUACUUGCAAUUUUUAAUUGAAAACCAAAGGAAUGUCAUGGUUUGUCCUUUGUGCUUAUAAUGCACACUCUGAGCAUGUUCUCAACACUGUUUAUAACAUGAUGUAAAUCUGAGUGUGUGUGUGAGUGCGUUACUAGCAGCAACUAACGGAUAACUGAGACUCUAAAUUGGAUUUGCAAGCAGGUGGAAUGAUGUCACAUAAGGUUUACCUUAUACUUAGCGUCUCUCCUAAGCUGGAUUCUGCAGUGAUGCACCCCUUCAGGAUUAACUACGUACUUGUACCCUGGGUGCAGUUUGUGCUGGUACUGCUAAUUAUGUCAGUGCACUCCAAUGUGUUAGUGUUCGGUCACAGACAUACAGACUGGUUAAUCCUCAGGUAAAAUGUGUGUGCUUCGCUUAAUACCUCCACUGCAUAUUGAGCCAUAAAGCUACAUCAGUUGUGUAUAUAUAAUUGAUGAAUGCAUUUUAUUACCUUGUACAGUAAGCCAAGUCUUUUCAGUCAGCUUAGAGGCCUUACUCAGAACACAUGGGACUGUUGAUAGUGGAUGACCAGAUCUUUCAUUGUUUCGUAGGCUGUGUGGUAUUAAAUCUCUUA